GUCCUAGCAGGGUGACCUCCAAGAACCUUGAUGUGGUCGGUGAAGCGUGGUGAGAGAUAAGAUAAGGACUCCACGUGACCCAUUGCGAACUUCAAUUCGAGCUUCGAAAGCUCAACCUUUGCGAUUGCACGACCAGCGUCUUCCUGUUCACUACGUCACAACCGCCGCCAAAAUGUCGAUGUUCCGCGCAAAGAAGCUUGAUCUGGGAUGUUUCGUCAACAUCCGGACGAUUCGCGACCACACCAAGCGUCAGGUCUUUAUGCAAAACGAGCCCGAGAGACAAGCUCUCCGAUACAUUAUCCAGAACACGACGCUCCCCGGCCGUGUGCGCGCCGAGGCGCAGCUGCAGCUGGGUCAGAUGCACUGCUACACCCGGCCGACGCAGAUCAAGAACCGAUGCAUUUUGGGUGGCAAGGCUAGGGGUGUCUUCCGCGACUUUAAGAUGACGAGGUUCAACUUCCGUAUGCAAGCGUACGAGGGUAACAUUCCCGGUGUCAAAAAGGCCAGUUGGUAAACGGGGGAGACGGCGGAUGAUGAUAUACAAAAGAGGAAGGCCGUUGUAAGAUACAUUGAAAGGGACUUGUGUGCCUUUUAAAUGGCAUGCUACGCUCGGGAGCUUGCCCAUAGACGAUUAGGGGUUUGGCGUUUGGCUGCAUAUUGGCACCUCAAGAAGCAUAUGUACAGAUACAAAUACUGGCAAACAAUGUACAACACAUCUCAAAUUCA